AGUAAAGUACAUUAACACUUGAGCUAUUACAAGUUAUGUCUCAUCGAGAAAACAAGAAAUUAGCCAAGAGACAUUUUGCCAUAACAAUUCCAAUUCUUGGUAACGUAAAAUGUCACGCACCAUGGAGUGGGCGGCGAGGCCGGAGCACUUGGGAGGCAUUCCCAGAAAACUUCUGAUUGCGAUUGUGGGCACCUUUGCCAAAACGGUGUCGUCUUUUCUCAACACCACCUCCGUUCACAACGCCGACACCCUCCUCCACCUCGUCCGCUCCAGACCCCGCCGUGUCCCACUCAUUACCGUGAGCAAUCACAUGUCCACUGUGGAUGAUCCGGCUAUGUGGGGUUUUAAGGGUUUUCCCAUCUUUGAUACACAGUCGGCUCGAUGGGUUCUCGCUGCGGAAGAUAUAUGCUUCAGGAAUGCCCUCUAUUCCUAUAUUUUUCGGGUUGGGAAAUGCAUACCUAUUACAAGAGGUGGUGGAAUUUAUCAAGAGCACAUGAAUGAAGCUCUUGAGCGUUUAAAUGAUGGAGAAUGGCUGCAUACUUUUCCAGAAGGAAAGGUGAAUCAAGAAGAGGCACCUAUAAGGCGGUUGAAAUGGGGAACUGCUAGUCUAAUUGCUCGAGCACAUAUAACUCCAAUCGUAUUGCCAAUUAUCCAUCAUGGUUUUCAUGAGGUGAUGCCAGAGAAAUAUAUGUUUGGUAGACGACCUCCUUUACCAUUAUGGAAUAAGAAAAUUGACAUUAUUAUUGGCGAUCCAAUUGAACUUGACCUUCCAGCAAUGAGGCAAAAGGCUAUUUCCCAAUCUCGCAGUGAGUCAUUCCCAAUUGUUGGAUGGCCCAGCACUUGUGAUGGUUUGGAUGAAGCAGCACAAAGAUGUUUCUACUCCACAAUUUCAGAGCAAAUCCACGCUGCAAUGGAGAGAUUAAGGUGUUUUGGUAAAAAACUUGUGAAGUCAUAGGUAGGUUUGAGUCAGAGAUUAAGGUGUUUUAGAUAUUGAAUCAUUCUUUGUUGUUGUAAUUUGUGGUUGAGCGAGAACUAUUCGGCUUCUUAAAAUUAAGUUUCAUUCAUUCAAUACAAGUUUUGUAGGUAGAGAUGUACAGCCAAAAAUUAGAUGGGCUUGUAUUUCAAAAUUCAUAGUAAGUUUUGGUUCCGUAUAAUAACAUGCAUGGACUGUGAUCCUUGGCAUUUUAGUAGUGUCAUUAUCACCUAGGACAUUUGGUUGUGUAAUGCACUAUAUCCUAAUCCAUGGUUUCAUUUCAUAUGA